AGAACCAGAGAUGAUACCAACCAUACAACAAGAAGAUGAUCAAUCCCAUAGAUUGUUUAGUCUUCUGAACGUUAUUAAUUCAUUCAUCCAACGAAGCUUAUCCAUUGGAAGCAGUUUAAGCACUCCGAGGCCAACAAUGGUCGAAACCCUAGGGUAUUCCUCAGAGCGCUGCUGCUUCCGUUCCACCUAUCCUCCCAAGUACUUCGUUUACUGUAAAAUCUGAGAAGCGACAUCAUUGUGGUGGACAUCGACUGAAUAACACCGCACAUUUUCCACACUUCAAUUACGAUCGUCAAAUCCACAACUCAUCUCAAUCUUACAGAAACAUGUUAAAGGAGACGCUGCACAUUCAGCUUACUACACACUCCUCUGCAUAUCUUCAAUUAUUGCCGACCUGCAUUCUCAAGAAUGCGGUUUCACAAGGGAAAAAAAUCCACCCUUUCAUCGCUCACAGCCGAUUUGCAUUUGCUACACGCAACAACUUUCCAGAAUAAGCUUAUUAACAUGUACGUUAAGUGCGGAAGUUUGGUUGAUGCUCGUCAAGUGUUUGACCACAUGAAAGAACAGGACAACAUCUCAUGGAAUACGAUUAUUGCAACCUACCCAAGACAUGGGUAUCCUCACGAGGCAAUCGCACUGUUUCACCAAAUGCAACGAACAUGUUUUCAACCCGAUCAGUUCACAUUUGCCAGCGUACUCCCAGCCUGUGCCAAAAUGGGAGCUUUGGAACAGGGUAUGGACAUCCAUCAAAGCAUUAAGGAAAGAGGAAUUUUGUCAGAUGUUGUAGUUGCAACUGCCCUGGUAGACGUAUGCAAAAUGUGGAAGCAUAGACAAGGCACGUGAAUUGUUUGACAGAAUGCCUCAAAGAGAUGUCAUCUCAUGGACUGCAAUGAUUACAGGAUAUGCACAAAACGGAUUUGUGGAAAGGGCUUUAGAAACUUUCAAGCAAAUGAAAUCGGCAGGUGUAAAACCGAAUUCCACAACCUUUGCCAGCAUCCUUCCAGCAUGUGCAAAAAUGGGAGCUUUGGAACCGGGUAUUGACAUCAUCAAAGCAUAACGGAAGGGGGUUUUCUGUCAGGUGUUGUAGUUGCAAGUGCACUGGUAGACAUGUAUGCCAAAUGUGGAAGCAUAGAAAAAGCACGUGAAUUGUUUGACAGAAUGUCUCAAAGAGAUGUCAUCUCAUGGAAUGCGAUGAUUGCAGGAUAUGUUCAAAAUGGAUUUGUUGAAAAGGCUUUAGAAACUUUCAAGCAAAUGCAAUUGGCAGGUGUAAAGCGAAAUUACGCAACCUUUGCCAGCAUCCUCCCUGCCUGUGCUCAAAAGGGAGCUUUGGAACAUGGUAUGGACAUCCAUCGGAGCAUAACGGAAGGGGGAUUUCUGUCAGAUGUUGUAGUCGCAAGUGCCCUGGUAGACAUGUAUGCAAAAUGUGGAAGCAUACACAAGGCAUGUCAAUUGUUUGACAAAAUGCCUCAAAAAAAUGUAAUCUCAUGGAAUGCCAUGAUUGCAGGAUAUGCACAAAAUGGAUUUUGCGAGGAUGCUCUCAAAAUUUUUGAAUUAAUGAAGAACUACGGAACAUAUCCUGACAUUAAGUGGGCAGGUGGGGUGAGGCUCAAAUGGUAAGGAAAUUGAUGAAAGAUAGAGGAAUUAAAAAGAUUCCUGGAUGCAGUUGGAUUGAAGGCCAUAAAAUGGUACAUAGUUUUGGUGUAGGAGACAGAUCACACCCACAGACAUAGGAAAUCCAUGCAAAGUUGGAAAAAUGGCUUGGGAGAUGAAGACAAUGGGGUAUUUUCCUGAUUCGAGGCAGUCACUUUAUGAUGUGGAGGACAAAUACUUAUUUCUUUGCAACAAUACUGAAAAGGUUGCAAUUGCAUUUCGUUUAUUAAACAUACCCCUAAAACAACUAUUAGAAAUGUUAAGAUCCUUCGAGUAUGUGCUAUCUCCAAGAUUGUUGGAAGAAAUUCUUGUGAGAGAUGCAAACUGUUUCCAUCACUUUAAAUAAGGAUCAUGUUCUUGCGAAGAUUGUUGGUGAUGCUUAAUUAAACAAUCUUAAUCUGUAAUAAAAAUGCACCAUGUCAAACCUGCAGUAAUAACGUAAGGGACAAAGGUAAUAUUUUCAGUUUCUAGAAUUUUUAUCUAUAUGUUUGAUUAUUUGGCAAUCUUAAUUAUGCUGUUGGAUAGGGCACAAUGCAGAUAAUGGCAUAUACAGAUUGUUGGGUAUAUGUAAAAGACCUCUUCUGUGAUAACAAAACCUGGAGGAGCUGGUGGAGAAUGAGGGAAAAACAAGGAUAAGGAACACCUCAAGUUUUGCUUGACUAGCACAAAAUG